AUGGACAUAUCCCGUCUUCUCAACACGCAAAGUCCCUCGCCUGACCGUGCUACAACGGCCACCGCAGCUAUUGCCUCCAACGACCCAACAGACGAUGACUACAUCGGAGCUACUAUCCCACAACUGCCACCAUCGCCAGUCUUUGACACAUACGAUGACCUCUUUGCCUUCCUCCGUAGCUUCCACAUUUCAAAUGGCGCCGCAAUAGUGAAGGCCUCUUGUGCCUCAAAGCGGGAUAUCGGGGGCAUCGUCCAGCCAAGCUAUAUCGUCUUCAAUUGCGACCGCGGCCCGCGACGCCCAUCACAAAGCUCGGGCCUAAGGAAGCCGUCAUCACAGAAGCUUGAUUGUCCCGUUAAAAUCACGGUUCAAGGCCAGCAUAACCACGGACAGUCCCUUGAUCCAUCGGCGCACAAUGUCUAUCGCCGCCGCACAGUUGGUCAGCAACAAAAAGAGCGAGAACUAGCAAAUGAGAAUGGCAUUAGGGCCCGUGAGAUGGCUAGCAUUGUCGGAAAAGCUGAUAGCUCAGGUUAUGAUUAUUUCCGCAAGCGAGAUAUCUACAAUGACCGUCAAACCAUCAAACGCGAGCGACUUAACGGCCUUACAGCUACCCAAGCCUUCGUCAAGGAGCUUGAGAACGGAGGUAUUGGAGUCAAAACCUUACGGGAUGAAGAGGACCGCGUCUGUGCUGUCUUUUGGACUUACGAUUGGUGCCGCACAAUGUGGAAGAAGUUUCCGGAGGUGCUCGGUUUGGAUAACACAUACAAAACCAACCGCUUUGGGUUACAUCUAUUUCAAGUCACAGGUGUGACGGAUCAGAAGUCCCUAGCCAACUUCGCCUUCGGCCUUAUAAACGGCGAAAAGGAGCACCACUUCCAGUGGCUAUGUGACCGGCUUGACGAGCUUUGCAUCGACAUUGGGGCAGACACGCCGGAGGUUAUCAUCACCGACAAGGAACAAGCUCUCCGCACAGCCCUCACGAACACCUUUCCAAGUGCCCAACAGCAGCUAUGCGUAUAUCACAUCUUGGCCAACGUCCGAGCUAAAAUUAACGCCCGCUGGCAGAACACUAGGGGCGACGAUUACGACGACAUUAGUGAUGAGUCUGGUAAUGACGUAGACGCCCUUUCCUCUCAUCCAAGCGACAAGAAUGCCGAGCAGCUCGAGCCAGAGCUAGAUUUUAAUAUCGCCGCCAGAGGUCGCGUACAAGACGAGGCGGAGGACGGGCUUGCGAACCCCUCUGAUGACUACAGCCGUAAGGGGAUGUUUAAAGCCUUCCAAGCUGUGGCAGCAGGGCACAUCCUGCGAUAUAUCCAGAAGGAAUAUAUGCCGUGGCGCAAGCAGUGGGUGAAGUGUUACAUUGACCGCUAUGGGAACUUCGGUCAAAGGGUCAAUAGCCCUACCGAGACCGCCCAUGCAGACGUCAAGUCUCACCUGCGGCAGCGUAAUCAGUACCUCGGGCAGGCAUGGCUCGGCAAGCUUAACCUGCAGAUCACAUAUCCGGCCAUUAACCUUAUUGCCAAGCAGUAUCGCUUUGCCCUCGCCGCCCUGCCUGAUCAGCGCGAGCCCAAACCGCUACGCCCUUGCACGGGCAACUUCGAGCAUCAAUACGGCCUGCCUUGCAGCCAUUGUAUCUUUGAUUGUCUCCUAAACGGCACGCCUCUGCGACGGAGCCAGAUUGCUAUGCGUUGGUGGCUCGAGAAGCCGUUGAACGCUGAGGAUAAGCUACUUGAUAUUCGCGACCCAGCUGUUGUUAGAAGCGCACGAGGCAGGCCGCGCCUGAAUGCCGACAACAAGAAGCUCAAGGUUCCGCGAUACCUCAAGAUCACAGAUCACACCUCCAAGCCAGGAAGUGACGCCGACGAUACGGACGAUGACGAUGCCGAAGCCGAGCCUGUGCAACGGAGUCAAGGCAGGCUUUCAGCGCGAGGCCGUGCCUUCGCCGUGACCGCUCUCAAUUCGAGCUUGACGAGCUACAAUCACAUUUAUCUCAAUCGUCGCGAGGAAACAAGCGUCAACGAGUCCGUGGCGGGAAGGCAGGACGAAGUCAAGCGGAGGCAGCACCAGUGGACAGAUCGUCCGCAAACCACGUCCCAGCAUCACGAGAGUCUUCAGCCGAGAGCUGUAUUAUCAUCCCAGCCGUGUAACCGGCCGCUAUACCGUGACUUGCAUGAUGGACCACGGCAACAAGUUUGGUUUAAAGGCGUCAGAGACAGGAGGACGGUGAGUGGCAGCAAUGGGCAGGAACAGACACCGGCAGAACCCAUCAUUUUCAUGAUGCUCUACGACCCAAACAUUCCCUAG